GCCCCCGGGCAGAUCGAUGAGCCCCACGUCGCCCCGGCGGGCUGCUCCGGCCAAGAAGGUCCACCGGGACUCCCACCUCAUCCACAAGCCAUCCUCCUCCUCCUCGCCGCCUUCCUCCUCCUCCACCACCAACUCCUCCGUCUCCUCCUCCUCCCCCGGCCCCGGUAACCAACAACAGCCGCGUCCCCCGCCGAGGCCCAAGCAGCAUCACCCGCCUCCGCAGCAGCAGCAGCCGGUGAUCAUCUACACGCACUCCCCCAAGGUGAUCCGCACCAGCCCGCGCGACUUCAUGUCCAUCGUCCAGAAGCUCACCGGCCUCGACUCCGCCUCCGCCAACGCUUCCCCGGCCGCCUCCGCCGCAACGCAGGACGACCAGCACUCCUCCUCCUCCUCCUCCUCCACCGACAGCUGCGGCGCCAACGGCUCCGGAUCCGGAUCCGCGGCGCCGCACUACGUGGCGGCCGAUCCGCAGCAGCAGCAGCAGCUCAUGAUGCCGCCGCCACCGGCGCCGGCGAUGGAUCACGCGGCGCACCUGAUCAUGCCGCCGGACAUCGUCCCGCCGCUGUUCGCGCCCGGGGCCGGCCUCUACGGUGGCCACUUCCCGAUGGUGGACGCCGGGCCGCCGUUCUCCCCGGCCAUGGUGGAGGCCAUGAGGACGACGUUCCCGGAUUACCAGUUAACUUGACUUGAUAAACACGCAUGCAUACAUGGCCGGAUCCAUAUAUAAAGGUCUUCGAUCCAUCGAUCGAUCACGUACGCACUUGCAUGAGUUAAGAGAUGAACGAUCGAUAUCGAAGACGAGACGCAUUCAUGCAUGCAUGGAAUAAUUCAGCAGAGCCGCAUAGUUAUUUAUUUAAUUACUUUUUUCCCUUCAUAUCAACAGUUUUGAUCUCAUCACGCAUGCUUAGCUUGUUGAUUCGGUUAGACAGAGACGCGUCGAUCUACGCAGGAGAGGUGAAGUUAGUGGUAGUUAGUUCAUUUAAGUUUCGUCUGUGUUUCGGUAGUUCUCUGCUUUUGUCGACGGCAGUGAUUGAACGGCACACGCGUCGUUGUAAAUGGAUAAGUUGGAGAAUUCCUGAAUACAGAUUGCAAUUGUA